AUGUCGCAAAAGACCUCUGAAAAGCAGCUGCUCGUGGAAGAACUGCAUGCUCCAGCGAGAAAAAAUUCCCCACGUAGACAUAUCAUAGUACGCGGAUACGACGAUCUGUGGCAGGCGGACGUGGUCGAGAUGCGUGCAUAUGCACGAUUCAACAAAGGCUACAACUACAUACUCACAGUUAUCGAUGUGUUGAGCAAGUAUGCGUGGGCUGUACCGCUCAAGAGUAAAGACGGAAGCGAGACGGCUGACGCUAUCACAAAGAUAUUUCAAGCCGAUGGAAGAUAUCCGAAAAAUUUUCAAACCGACAGAGGAAAAGAAUUUUACAUCGCAAAUGUACAGAAACUCAUGAAGACAUACAACAUUAAUCAUUAUUCGACGUACUCUAUCAUGAAGCCUCGGUCGUGGAAAGAUUCAACCGAACGUUAA